AUGGUUCCUCGGAGCCACAAAGUCAUCAAACCAGCUCAAGUCUCGCUGCCGUUUUCAGGAUUGCAACCACCAGACUUGAAAACCCUCGAUUUGAAGCUAGUUCAUCUGUUAGCACAAACGGAAAAGCUACAUUGCUGGGUCGAUCUGAACGAGGACAAGAAGCAGAAAAUGCUGGAGAGAGUGUUAACAAGAAGAACAGAUUCGUUUAUUCGAAACCUCGCAACUGGCUCACAGCUUAUGCGAUCUAUCAGCUUAACUAUUUUACAGAUGAAACUGCAUGAUUUGAACAAACCGGCCUCUGGAGACGAAGAGAUGAGGCCAGACAAUUCAAUGGAGCAUCAGUCUGAAGGUCUUGGAGGUGAUCAGAUUAAUGAUCAAACUGUCCAGCAAUCAGCUGAUCAAGAUAGGCAAAACAGGAAACGGGCAAGUGACAGGAAAUAUCUUGAUAGGAAGAAGCAAAAGACAAAAGACACUGAGAGAGAGUUGGAAACGAUUAAAGCAGAAAAAGCUCAGUUGGAGAAAAGCAAUGCCUACUUAAAAGGACAACUGGAUCAGCUCAAAGAAUAUGUGGAGCAAGUUAGAGAAACUCAUAGGCGACUGGAGCAAAUAGUUGAAGGACAAACUACUACGAUCCACAUGCUUCAGCAACUUUUGCAACGUCCACUUGAAAGGACUUUAGACAACACUUCUGCCAUUAGAGAGGCGGCGCAGCCUGUUUACAACGCACCAGUUCCCGAGUCUGGUAUACCUAUGAGGUCAGAUGGCUCGACCAUGAAAAAUUCACUUGGGAUGCGUCAAUCUCGAGUCCCUCGAGGAUGGCCAUAUGGGAACGGUAGUGAGCUACCUGCCCCAACUCACGACCUAACUGUUGAUGACUACCUCGUGAAUGACAAUGGAGUAAUACCGGUGUUGAAGUAG